CACGUGACCGCACAGCGCCGUUGGUGAGUUCUCACAGCAUGGCGGAAGGAGUAGUUGUCCGGAUGGAUUGUUACUCACCUUUUAAUUCAUGUCUUCUGUCUUGACGGGAGGAUUUUUGGCUAUCGAAACGCAUUUCAUCACACUUAAAACAACUUCAGCGUAUUCUCACGACGAUGGCAGACCGCGGUGUGGAUUUGGCAGCUCUACCGAAAGAGGUUAGAGAGCAGUUGGCGGAGUUGGAGCUCGAGCUGUCUGAAGGUGACAUUACACGGAAGGGCUACGAAAAGAAACGAGCUAAACUUCUCGCACCGUUCGUACCACAGACCCAAAAUGUGGAUGUGAGCAUCCAGCUAACCCCGGGCCUUUCUUCAAACCCUACCACUACCCCUAAUGCCAUCCCUGUUGCCGCCCCACGGCAACACCGAGCUCACCGCAGUGGGGGAACACGAGAUGACCGCUACCGGUCAGAUAUUCACACAGAGGCUGUGCAGGCAGCUCUGGCCAGGCAUAAAGAGGAGAAGAUGGCCCUUCCCAUGCCCACUAAGCGGCGUUCAGCCUUCGUUCAAUCUCCUGCGGAAAACUGCACUCCUCCCGAUACAUCAUCGGCAUCAGAGGACGAGGGCUCCCUGCGGAGGCGUCAGGCCGCAAUCAGUGCAAUGCUGGCUCAGAAUCUCCAGAGUCCUGAGUACUGGAUCAACCGCUCUGUCCAGGGCUCCUCCACCUCCUCCUCCGCCUCCUCCACCCUCUCUCAUGGAGACGGCAAAACUCACAACCACAGCCAGGGGCAGACCAGCGUGCUCGCUGAUGUGCUGGCACACACCCGCAUAGAGAGCAGCAGCGUUCCGCCUGACGUCACGUCCACAGUGCCUCAGGACAGGAACUCCAGAGUGGGCCUGCCACCCAACAUCGCAGUGAAGGGCAUGAGCCGCGGCCAGAGCCGCUCCAGCAUGAUGGACACUGCCGGCGGUGUUCCAGCACACAGUCAUGUCUCCACCAAAAUACAGCAGCUGCUCAACACAUUAAAGAGACCCAAGCGGCCUCCACUCAGCGAGUUCUUCCUGGAUGACUCUGAAGAGAUUGUUGAAUUUCCCCAGCCAGGUCCCAACACACCCAAGCCAGAGGGGCGACAGAUCAUUCCAGUAAAGGGGGAGCCACUAGGGGUGGUCAGUAACUGGCCUCCAGCUCUGCAGGCGGCACUGGCACGUUGGGGAGCCACACAGGCCAAGAGUCCAGCCCUUACUGCCUUGGACAUCACCGGCAAACCACUCUACAUCCUUACUUAUGGUAAACUGUGGAGUCGCAGUCUGAAGUUGGCGUACACGCUGUUAAACAAACUUGGCACCAAAAAUGAACCAGUUCUGAAACCUGGAGAUAGGGUGGCGUUAGUUUAUCCUAACAGUGACCCUGGGAUGUUCUGGGUGGCCUUUUACGGGUGCCUUCUCGCCGAGGUCAUUCCUGUCCCAAUAGAGGUGCCUUUAUCUCGGAAGGAUGCAGGAAGUCAGCAGAUAGGCUUCUUAUUGGGCAGCUGUGGUGUGGGUCUCGCUCUCACUAGUGAAGUGUGUCUAAAAGGACUCCCAAAGACCCAGAAUGGAGAAAUAAUGCAAUUUAAAGGAUGGCCUCGGCUCAAAUGGGUGGUCACUGAUACUAAGUAUCUCACCAAACCCUCCAAGGACUGGCAGCCGCACAUUCCUACUGCAAACACUGACACUGCUUACAUAGAGUACAAGGCCUCUAAGGAGGGUACAGUGAUGGGAGUGGCUGUGUCGAAGAUCUCCAUGCUGACACACUGUCAGGCUCUAACGCAGGCCUGUAAUUACUGUGAAGGAGAAACACUGGUUAAUGUCCUGGAUUUCAAGAAAGACUCAGGCCUUUGGCAUGGAGUUGUAACAAGUGUCAUGAACAGGAUCCACACUAUUAGUGUGCCAUACUCUGUCAUGAAGGCUUGUCCGCUGUCCUGGGUGCAGAGAGUUCAUGUUCACAAAGCUCGUGUGGCCUUGGUGAAAUGUAGAGAUCUGCACUGGGCUAUGAUGGCUCACAGAGAUCAGAAAGACACCAAUCUGUCUUCCCUGCGCAUGCUGAUUGUAGCUGAUGGAGCCAAUCCUUGGUCUGUCUCUUCAUGUGAUGCAUUCCUCAACGUGUUUCAGUCUCAUGGUUUGAAACCUGAGAUGAUCUGUCCAUGUGCUUCCUCCCCUGAGGCCAUGACGGUGGCUAUCCGCAGGCCUGGUGCUCAGGGUGCUCCGCUCCCUGCCAGGGCCAUUCUGUCAAUGGCAGGACUCAGUCACGGGGUGAUUCGGGUUAACACAGAGGAUAAGAACUCUGCCCUUACCGUGCAAGAUGUAGGACAUGUCAUGCCUGGAGCUCUGAUGUGUAUUGUGAAGCCCGAUGGGCCGCCCAUGCUCUGUAAGACCGAUGAGAUCGGAGAGAUAGUUUUGAACUCACGUGCCGGAGGCACCAUGUACUACGGCCUUCCCGGGGUGACCAAGAACACUUUUGAGGUGAUUCCUGUAAACUCAGGUGGUACCCCUAUUGGAGAUGUUCCCUUCACACGCACUGGACUGUUGGGCUUUGUGGGUCCGGGAAGUUUGGUGUUUGUGGUUGGAAAGAUAGAGGGUCUGCUUUCAGUCAGUGGGCGCAGACACAAUGCAGACGACCUGGUGGCCACAGCGCUGGCGGUAGAGCCAGUCAAAACUGUCUACCGAGGGAGAAUUGCCGUGUUCUCCGUCACUGUUUUCUAUGAUGAGCGAAUAGUGAUUGUGGCAGAGCAGAGGCCUGAUGCCAAUGAAGAGGACAGUUUCCAGUGGAUGAGUAGAGUCCUACAGGCGAUAGACAGUAUCCACCAGGUGGGCUUGUACUGUUUGGCCCUGGUCCCUGCUAACACGUUACCCAAAACUCCUCUGGGUGGUAUUCAUGUGUCUGAGACCAAGCAGCACUUUCUGGAGGGAUCUCUGCACCCUUGCAAUAUUCUCAUGUGCCCUCAUACAUGUGUGACCAACCUUCCAAAACCCAGGCAAAAGCAACCAGUGGGAGUCGGUCCCGCCUCCAUUAUGGUGGGCAACCUUGUGGCAGGAAAGAGGAUCGCACAGGCUAGUGGGAGAGAUCUUGGGCUCAUUGAUGACCAAGAGCAAUCCAGAAAGCUCUGUGUGUGGCCCACUAACAUGCAUCAGUUCCUGUCUGAAGCCCUGCAGUGGAGAGCACAGACUGAUCCUGAUCAUGUCCUCUAUAUGCUGCUGAAUGCAAAGGGUGUAGCAGUGAGCACAGCCACGUGUUCUCAACUGCACAAGCGAGCAGAGAAGAUCACUGCAGCUUUGCUGGAAAGAGGAGGAAUUAACACUGGAGACAACGUAGUACUGCUUUAUCCUCCCGGCAUAGACUUAAUUGCCUCCUUUUAUGGUUGUCUGUAUGCGGGCUGCAUUCCGGUCACCGUCAGGCCUCCUCAUCCACAGAACCUUGCCGCCACUCUCCCCACAGUCCGAAUGAUCAUAGAUGUGAGCAAAGCAGCCUGCAUCCUCACAACUCAGACCCUGAUGAAGAUUUUGCGGUCUAAAGAAGCGGCAGCCAGUGUGAAUGUGAAGACUUGGCCGAAUAUCAUAGACACAGAUGAUCUUCCCAGGAAACGGCCUUCAUACAUCUAUAAACCUCCCACUGCGGAAAUGCUGGCCUACCUGGACUUCAGUGUGUCCACCACAGGCAUGCUGACCGGAGUUAAGAUAUCUCACUCAGCGGUCAAUGCUCUGUGUCGGUCCAUCAAACUGCAGUGUGAGCUGUACUCGUCCAGACAAAUUGCCAUCUGCAUGGACCCCUACUGUGGCCUGGGCUUUGUGCUGUGGUGUAUGUCUAGUGUUUAUUCAGGUCACCAGUCAAUCCUGAUCCCUCCCAUGGAGCUGGAGACGUCUCUGCCCCUGUGGCUGAGCAUGCUUAGUCAGUAUAAGAUCAGAGACACCUUCUGUUCAUACUCGGUCAUGGAGCUCUGCACCAAGGGCCUUGGCACACAGACUGAAGCUCUGAAGGCGCGCGGCGUGAACCUCUCAUGUGUAAGGAGCUGUGUCGUCAUCGCUGAAGAGAGGCCUCGUUUGACACUCACGCAAUCAUUCUCCAAGCUCUUCAAAGACCUGGGCCUGUCUCCACGCGCAGUGAGCACAGCUUUCGGCGCCAGAGUCAACCUGGCCAUCUGUCUACAGGGCACUGCUGGUCCAGACCCGUCCACUGUUUAUGUAGACAUGAAGUCCCUCCGGCAUGACAGAGUGAGGCUGGUGGAGAGAGGAGCUCCUCAGAGUCUGCCGCUGAUGGAGUCUGGGACUAUUCUUCCUGGAGUGAGAGUAAUCAUCGUGAACCCAGAGACGAGAGGACCAUUAGGAGACUGUCAUCUAGGCGAGAUCUGGGUGUGCAGUCCUCAUAAUGCCAGUGGUUAUUAUACCAUCUACGGUGAGGAGAGCCUGCAGGCAGACCACUUCAACACACGGCUGAGCUUUGGAGACACUGAAACACUCUGGGCCAGAACUGGAUAUCUGGGAUUUGUCAGGAGGACAGAGCUGCUGGAUGCAAGUGGAGAUCGCCACGAUGCCCUGUUUGUGGUGGGUUCACUCGAUGAAACACUGGAGUUGCGAGGUUUGCGUUAUCAUCCCAUUGACAUUGAGACCUCUGUGUCUCGGGCGCACCGCAGCAUCGCUGAGAGUGCUGUCUUUACAUGGACCAACCUUCUGGUGGUUGUAGUGGAGCUCAGUGGAUCUGAGCAGGAAGCUCUCGAUUUGGUUCCCCUGGUCACUAAUGUAGUCCUGAAAGAGCAUCACCUCAUAGUUGGUGUGGUGGUCAUCGUGGACCCCGGCGUCAUCCCUAUCAACUCGCGGGGCGAGAAGCAGCGCAUGCACCUGCGCGACUCCUUCCUGGCCGACCAGCUGGAUCCCAUCUACGUGGCGUACAACAUGUGAGUGUGGACUAACGUGCUUAAAGCUCAACAUGGCACCCAAAGAACCACUCACAACAAGCCGUUCCUCUGUGCCGUCAGCACGCAACAUGGAGGAAGAAGCUGGCUAGUCCUCUUUCUGCCCCUGC